AUGCCCACCCCAAAAAAGCCCCCCACCACCAGCAUCCGCAACUGGCCCCGGCGCGAACGGCAAUCCCUCCUCAAAGGCCCCAAAGCCACAGUCGAGCUCGACGCCGGCUCCGAAAGCAAGCCGCGCCUCGUCCUCACCGUCCCGCGGGCCGCCCUCACCGCCUUCUCGACCGUCGCCGCCUCGCUCCUCGCGGACGCGCAAUACACCAACGUGCUCCUGCCGCCGGGCAUGGCCGCGCCGGCGGCGCUGCGCUACCUCAUCGAGUGGAUCCCGCGCGCGUGCGACAGCGCCGACUUCAUGCCGAUCAAGCGCAAGGAAGGCUUCGAGCACAACGUGCGCAUCUACCAGGCCGCGCUGUCGCUCGGCGUCACCGAGGCGCUCGUCACCGUCGGCGGCUGGCUCAACCUGGCCGUGUCGGCCUUCGAGCGCCAGCCGUGGCCCUGCGCCCGCGUGCUCGACCUCCUCACCACCCUGCCCAAGGACUGCGCCCUCGUCGGCCGCCUGAUCGAAAAGGUCGCCCUCGCCCGCCGCAGGCACGUCGUCGACGCCGCGUUCGAAGCACAGCUCGCCGCCUUUUUGGCUGCGUGCCCCGAGCUCGCGGAGCGGUUUCGCGUCGAGGACGACCCGGAGCUACGCGGUGGGAAGCUGAGGAGGAGGAGUGGGAGCGAGGCGUCUGCGUCGUCCAAUGCCGGGUCGGACGGCCGGGACGGUCAGCGGAACGGAUCGAACGACGGGAGUGGAAACGGUGGCGGCGGCUCUGCGCGCAGGCGCCCGAGGGGUGGACGGAAGGGCAGGGGCGGCAGCCCGAAGACGAAGACUGGCUCGGGCGACUAUGGCAACAACUAUCGCGUCUUGGAUGAUGCGGACGUCGACUUCCUCAUGGGUCGUGGUCGUUGA